CGUGCUAGUUGUUAUCCUUCUUCCUCUUUCCUACUUUGGUUCAUUUCUUUUCCCGUGUUAGCGUAGCGGAGUUCACAGAAGACGAAGCAGCAGCCAGACGAAAGGAAGUCCGAUAAGAAGGCCGGUGACCGGCGAAGAAUCCCUACAGCGCCAGCAACAGAAGAAGACGAAAAACCAUCGUGGUUCAGCCAGGUAAUUUCUCUUUACUUUUGUAUGAAGGGGAUUCUUCGAUUUGUUAGGGGGAAAAGUAGGGUUUUCGGCUUUCAUUAUCUUGUGUCAUUCAUGCUUCGCUUGGAGUUCUGUGGUUGGAUGGGGUUUGUUUUGUUUAUAUACAGAGGCCAUUUCCAUUGAGCUUUUCCGUAGUGCUUGCGUGAAGGUCUUGCUUGCAACUUGCAAGUGUAAUGGGCUUUGAUAUACUGCCUUUCUUUUUUUCUUCUUCUGCUCAUUCGUAUAAUCUUCAUCUUUGUUUGUGGACAAGUUGGUGUUUCCUGUCCAUUGGGUGAGGUCCUGCAAUUGCUUGAUGAUGUUUGAUAACUUCGAUUGAAUUGUUGUUGACUUGUAUUAAGGGCCUGUUUUAUCGUGUUUUAGCCUUUGAUACAAUUACCAGCCUCAAACAAAGACAAUAACCACUGCUGUCUUUGUUCGAUAAGGAUGUCACGACUGUGGACAUUGAAUCCUACGCGUAGGCGCCAGGUGGUUGCAGCAAUUGGUUCGUUCAUGAACCUGCUGAUGAUUUAUGUCAGUCUAGGAUUGGAACUAGCUCAGCUUAUUGAAGAAGCACACUCAAAUCGUACGCGUACUAGGGAACCGACGGAUAGCAACUUAACCAGCAGUUCUGAAGAUGAAGGUGAACCCACCAUCCCUUUGAACCAAAUGAAUACCGCCGUGGUGGAGGAGGAGAUGUCCGAGAUAACCGAUGAAGGCGUGGAAGCAACAUUGCGUGCAAAAAGGAAGCAAGCAACCACAGUUGCAGCUGAUUCUAUAGGAGGUCCAGCUCAAAAGAGGAAGAAAAGGCAUUCCGAUGAGAGAAGAGGCGAUUUUUCAAACGAAUUGAGAGAGAUGAGGCGACUCAUAAAGGAAUCCGUUUAUACAAUUGCUAGAGCUAUGGGGGAGAGUGAGCCGGAUAUCACUAUGAGGGCAAAUUUGAUGAAUAAUUUGAAGAAGUUGGAUGGUUUAACAACGGCGCAAAGGGUUCUUGCGUGCGAGAGGCUUUGCCAGGAUCCGAGAGACUUGAGGUGUUUCUAUAAUAUGGAGGAUGACGAGGACAGGCUCAUCCUUGUGCUUGAUGUGCUCAAGAAGUGAACUCCAGUAAUGUAGCUUAGUGUGGUUAGAAUUAAGCUGUUGUCUAGUU